AUGCCUCACCACAACCUCCACCAUCUGAACUGGGUGCUGCCCGUUCGUAUUGUGCAGGCAGUCUUUGCCAUAAUCAUUCUCGGCCUCACAGCCUACGCAAUCAACGUCGAACUAUCCUACUCCUGGUACUCCUCCGACACCGUCAACUUCGACCUCUUCAACUCCAUCUGGACCCUCGUCGUAGCCCUGCCCUACCUAUCUCUCGUGCCCAUCUUCUUCGCCAGCCUAUCUCACAUCUACAUUGUGCUGGCCGCAGAGAUUGUGACGAUGAUUUUCUGGUUUGCGGGCUUUAUUGCUCUUGGGGCCUUUUUGCCGCCGCCCAGGGCGUGUCAUGGUGGUGUUUGUAGUUCGUUGCAGGCUGCUACGGUUUUUGCAUCGUUUGAAUGGCUGCUGUUUGCCAUUACCACCGGCUUCACUAUCCGUCUUGCCUUGCAGUCGAGUAGUGGCUCGACUGGGGUGCAUGCAAAGACCUCAGGUGUCCAGCCUGCUGCUAAUGUGUAG